UUCCCUCUUUUAUUUCUCUCGUGUCUUCUCCUUGCAUAUACCUCUCUCUCUCUCUCUCUCUCUCUCUGAAACUAUCUGCUUUAGCUUUGGAAAUUAAGCAAAUGGGUGCUCUUGACUCUCUCUCAGAUUACCUCUCUGACUUACUUAGAGAUGCCAAAAAAAAGAGGAAGCGCAAGCCAAUGCAGACUGUUGAUAUCAAAGUGAAAAUGGACUGUGAUGGCUGUGAAAGGAGAGUUAGAAAUUCUGUUUCCAACAUGAAAGGUGCGAAGUCAGUGGAGGUAAGCAGAAAGGAAAGCCGGGUAACAGUAAGUGGGUACGUUGAACCAAACAAGGUGUUAAAGAAAGUGAGAAGCACAGGGAAGAGAGCUGAGUUUUGGCCCUAUGUACCAUACAACUUGGUGGCCUACCCUUACGUUGCUAAAGCCUACGACAAGAAGGCACCUUCUGGGUAUGUUAGGGAUGUGGUUGAAGCCCUUCCUAGCCCCAACGCAGCUGAUGAGAAAUUCACAACCUUGUUUAGCGAUGAAAACCCACAUGCAUGUUCCAUUAUGUAGGAAUCAAUUGGUUUAAUUUCAAUGCCAAAAUGGAAAAAUCACAUGUAUACAGAUUAGGACCAGCUGAGUUAUAUAUAUUUACAGGAAUUUGGAACUUUUGAGUUAUGUAAUUAUGUGUUUCUCUAUAGAGGAGUUUUGGUUCUGCUUUUGUAUGUAGGUUUUGUAUGCUUAAUUACCUUUUGUUACAGUUAAUGAAAUGCAUUGUAGACAUCAAUCCA